GCGGAGGAGAAGCGUAGACGUAAUACGGCUGCAUCAGCACGGUUUCGGAACAAGAAGAAGAGCCAAAUACUUAGUUUGGAGCGGACCAUUUCAGAUCUGACGGGUAGGGCCGAAGACCUGGAACGAGAGGCGGCAGACCUCAGACGGGAGAAUGGCUGGCUCAAGGAGAUCAUCAUA